UUGAUCUGCGUCGUUUUAGACAUCUCUCUGUGUCUCUCUGUCCCUCUCUCUAUCCAUCUCUCUCUCUCUCUAUAUAUAUAUAUAUAUAUAUGUAUAUGUGUGUGUGUUUAUAUAUAUUUCGCACACAGUUUUUCUCUGUCUCUCUGUGUCUUGACUUGUUUUCUUCCGUUCUCCAUCUCCAUUCCCUUCGAAACGUUCCCUUUCCGCUUUGCAAUAGAACAAUCGAAACUCGUUUCUAGGGUUUCUCAAAAUUCACCCUCCAACUUUGCUCCGUCCUCAUCCCAACACCACAAACUUAUGAAUUCAUCUUAUUCCAAUCCUGAGUAGCCAUUGCAUUGUGGAGUCUACUGAAAACGUCGUCCUUCAUUUCUGAAUUGCAUUGACCGUGGAGCUGGUUUUUGAAGUGGGCAGUGUGGAGGUGGGAUGAAUAGUGUAUUCAGCGAGCCGUUACUUGCUGAGAAGCUUUCCAAGGUCAACAGCACCCAGCAGUCUAUUGAAACUAUAUCGCAUUGGUGUAUAUUCCAUCGGAGCAAAGCAGAACUGGUUGUUGCAACAUGGGAGAAACAGUUCCACAGUUCACAGAUGGUUCAGAAAGUUCCUCUUCUUUAUCUUGCAAAUGACAUCCUGCAGAACAGUAAGAAAAAUGGAAAUGAAUUUGUUACCGAAUUUUGGAAGGUUCUUCCAAAAGCACUCAAGGAUGUUAUUCAGAAAGGUGAUGAGCGUGGAAAGAAAGUCGUCUCCAGAUUGGUUGACAUAUGGGAAGAAAGAAGAGUAUUUGGAUCGCGUGCGCGGAGCCUCAAGGAAGUAAUUCUAGGGGAUGAAGCGCCUCCACCGUUGGAGUUGGGUAGUAAGAAACGCACUCGUUCUGUUAAGAUUGUAAAAAGGGAUUCUCGUUCCAUUAGAACGAAACUUUCUAUUGGAGGUGUGACUGAAAAGAUAGUUUCGGCAUUUCACUUGGUGCUCAGUGAACAACCCAAUGAAGACGCAGAGACGAAUAAAUGCAAGUCUGCCACCAGCCGCAUACAAAAGUUGGAGAAAGAAGUUGAGACUGCCUGUACUAGGGCAAAGGAUCCAAAACGAAAAACUCUUGCUAAGGAACUGGAGGAGGAAGAAAAUACUUUGAAGCAGUGUGUAGAAAAGUUGAAAUUGGCUGAAACGAGUAGAUUAGCACUGGUAUCACAAUUAAAAGAAGCUCUGCAUGAACAGGAAUCCGAACUGGAGAAUGUUCAAAAGCAAAUGCGGGCGGCAUAUGCACAAGCAGAGGAAGCAAGAAACAUGCGGAAGCGUCUAGAAGAUGAAGGUUAUGUAUCAAAAUCAUCAUCAAAUGCGACCACUUCACCCGCUGAUGCAAAUGCAACACCAGGACAAGCACCAAAGAAAUCAGCUGCAGUGAUUGCAGCUGAGGUUGCAGACAGGCUUGCAGCUUCUAGCUCAUCGCAACUAAUUAUGAGUUCCGUUCUCUCUACCUUCGCCGCUGAAGAAGCCAAGAACGCAGGUCUAACUAAGACUUCCGCUUCAUUGAGUAUGGAUUCAGAUUCUAUACCUGAAAAGUCCGUGUCAGUUUCAGAUCCAAAUGUUUUUAUGUCAACACAGUCGCUUACCGCACCCCCAAGCCAUAUAUACCAUUCAGUUUUGGUACCCCAACCAGCUAUGCAAAACCAAGCUCCACAUUCUCAGGCUCAAUAUCACAUGCUUUCUAACCCUGUUUCCCAGACGUACAUGCAGCCAGGUGGCGGGGUCAUGCCCCCAUAUGGUUAUAGUAGCAUUCCUCCAUUGCCACUGCCUCCGCCUCUGCCACAUAUGGUGAGUCCAAUGGUGCCUCUAGCUCAGCAGCAGCCUUUGACAUUGGCUCAACAGCUGCCACCAAUAGCGCAACAACAAACGAUGCCCUUGACACAGCAACCCCCGAUAGCUCCUAGUUUUCGGCCUCUUCAGCCCCCGGGAAUUGUGUAUUAUGGUCACCCUCGUACUUCUCAGUGAAACUAAUUUUCAACUAAAGUAGAUGGUAGACCAUUUUUGACAAUACAGUUUGUUGUUUCAAAAGCUUUUAUUUUGUUUGAUCAUUUUUUGAGAUAUAGAUUUCAGAGGUUGUGUGAUUCGACCAAUUCGGAUACCAUCCAACACAUGCUGGCUUUUAGUGGCGCAGCUUCUGCUAGUGUAGUUCAUUGGCACCUUACUCGAGAAGUGUUGUAUUUUUUUUAAUUAAAAUUAUUAUUCUUUUUUCGCUGAAGAAGUUUCAA